AUGCAUGAACAUAAAGCGGAGCUACGGCUGAUAACGGUCGCACUUAAUGAAGCAUCCACCGAUUCACCCUCAUUCAGGGCUUCGGUUAACUAUUUUCAUACAAGAAUGGAGUCUUUGAGUAGUUGGAUGCAUAGUACCAUAGACUAUGUGCAAAAUACGUACAAUCCUUCAUUUCAAGACUUCCAAAGAAUAAAGGAAACGCUGUUUUCACAGCUGCUCCCUUCUCCUAUACUACUCUCCAAUGGGUUUGUCAGUAACCAGCCGUAUACUCCGUUGCUUGUUAAAGACUUUACUAGGGAUAUCAAUGAUCUCUCAAAUACAAUUAUGAAGAUAGUUCUGGGCGACGAAAACUCCCAGUAUACGACUGCGUUGACAGCUUUAAGUUCAAAUGCCAUUACUCCCUAUUUUAAUAAGAGAAAAACUUUUGAAUAUUAUCAGAGAAAGUACGAUUCAUUUAUGUCAGAUUUUUUGGCAACUGCUAAUGACAUCAAUAUUUUAACUCCACAAAAUCUUCAAAAUGAAACGUUCAAGUUAUUUGAUAUUAAGCACAAAUAUACAGAGGCUUCAUUGGAUUUAACUGAAGCUAUUUCGUUGAUGAAAGUCAAUUUGGAUAAAUUUCUGGUAGAAACAAUAGAUAUUGUACGCAAAAAUAAUGUUAUUACAACUAAGAAUACCAAGGAUCUCAUCGAUAUUACUCCUGAACUCACGGAAACGUUAAAAGAUUGGUCCGACUGGAUAGAAAGUAACCUACAGACUUUACAAGGCUUGUCGUCCAAGUUAUCUGAAGCUAAGUAUGCUAUUCUCAAACUUAGUUUGGCAAGAUCUAAGCCAUCUCACUUGUUACAGGACUAUGAUUUGAGAAACAUAAGAAAUUUGAAGUUCAGCCUACCAAAUUCAAUCAGUGAUAGAAAUCUUUUGGCUGAUAAAAAGGGAAUAUCAGGUUGGUUGUACAUGAGAACUACCGUUGGUCAUGAUCCUAAAAGGGUUGUGUGGGUUAGAAGAUGGUGCUUUUUACAAAACAGCAUUUUUGGGCUUUUUUCUCUUUCACCUAGUAAGACUUACGUUGAAGAAACAGAUAAAUUUGGUAUACUAUGGAUUACUGUAGAAUAUCUACCAAACGAAUCUAGGAAUUUCUGUUUUAGAUUAAAAAUUCAAAGUCCCAAAUACGAAACAGAAGAAGAAGGUACACAUGCGGAUAUUAUUCUACAAGCGGAAAAUAUUGGCGACUUAAAAGCCUGGAUAAACAUGUUAAACUUCCAUAAAAGAUAUGCGUUGUCGAUAAAGGAUGAAAACGAUCCUCGCUAUCAAUUAGCUACUCGAAAAAUCGAACCCCAGUUUUUCGAAUUUGCUUCAAGUAGUUCAACAUCAACAGAUAAAUUAUUGACUUCAUUUUCCGGUAAAACCCUGACGUUGGUAGAAGAGUUGAAACGAAAAUACAUAUCAGAGGAUGAUAUUUACUCUAUUAUUGAUAACGAGGCUUAUCACUUGAAAGUGAUUUCUACGCCAGUGGCCACGCAAUUGACUCAUUUAGCUUUAUUUUCAACUUUUUUAUCUGUAUCAAAUUAUUUUCCAUGUGCUACUCAGGCAAAUACAUGGGGUACAGCUAAUUGGAACGACCUUUCUUAUCUAUUCAACCCACUUGAAGGGAAUGCAAUACUUGAACCACCCAAGGUCUUGAGUGCUUCUAGGUUUUCUGUUAGUUAUCCUGACUACUAUCCAUAUAGUCUAAAAGUUGAUGACAUACAAUUUAGGUCCAUUUUUUUCUCAGUUAAUCAUCAUUUUCUACAAAUCCCAAAAGAGUUGGUUCUUUUGAGAUAUUCAUCCGUGUGGUGCCCAAACAACAAACAAAAAUUUUCAUCAGUGGCAUUCGUUACUCUCAACCAUAUAUACGUCUACUUGAAUAUUUCAGGAUUUUCGUAUUUGAAGAGGAUAGACUUGCUAGAUAUUGAUUCAAUCGAAUAUGAUAGAAGUCCCAAAAAUGCUUCUUCAAGGAUGCUACACAUGCAAAGAGGUGAUGGGAUCAAGUUUAACAUGUCCGUAUUUUUUACUGAUCGAAGAGAAGUUGCUUCAAAGUUGCAAUUUUUAAUAGAAAAUAAAGCGAUGCAUGUCCCGAAGGGUGAAAAGGAGGUUUUAGAAAUAUUCCAUGGAUUGGAUGAAGAGAUUGAAAAGGAAAAGAAAUUUAUCAAGGAUAAUCUGUCCCAAACAGAGCUUCACUCCAAAGAUCAUAAUCAACUCUUGAAGUGUACGUAUGAUCGUCAUUUCGAAAAUACCAAAGAAACACCCCUGGAGCUUAUGAGUCGAAAAGUACGUCUGGAAAAGGAGGCACGAUUCUAUUUUCAGGAUAGUUUCAAAGUUGGAAGUAAGAUACUAUUCCACGUACUUUUUGGGGACAAAUCCCAGGUUUUUCCUAAUUCGUUAUUUCUCUGUAAAAAGGGUAGUAACUUGAAUACCAACUCGUACUGGGAACGUAUCAGGUAUGCAAAACAAGAUGAUAGUUGCCAAUUUGAACUUGCCCGUAAGUUGCAAUUUGGACUGAAUCGCACUUCCAAUUUUAUUAAAGAUCAAUUCUGGUUAAAAGAUGACAAUGACAACUGCAAAAUAAUUCUCGAGCAGCGAGCAGUAAAGAUAAAACAAAACUAUUAUUAUGAAGUGGAUGAAGGUCCCAUUAUUGUAAAAUUUCCGUUAUGUCAUCCUUUACUUAUCUGUGUAAAGUUCAUCAUUGCAGAACGCAUUACAUCUCAAGGGGAGUCCCUCAAAAAAUGUGACUUGGCGAUUUUGUAUAAAUUCAAAUACAUUGAAUCUAUUGGUAAGAUGGAUACUAAGGUGGAAAAAUUGUGGCUUUUAGAAAAUAUACACCUUAAUUGGAUAUUAAGAUAUUGCAAAGUUGAACAUCUUGCUAUCAGCAAAAAGGCCAGGGAAUAUCUAAAAAAAUUCAAUGAUAGAGAAAAGAUGAGCAAUGUCAUCAAACUGUGCGGGUUUCUUGGCGUUUUGCCAAAAGAAAUAGUAGAAAAUGAUAAAAAAGCAGGCGAUUUUAUGCAACCUGUAUACAUCAAUUAUGAUUAUUUGUCGCUUUUGAAAAUUUUUAUUAAGCUGAUUGUAUUUUAUCUGAGCAGCGUUGUAAUCAGGACCGCGAAAAUUCUAUUAGCGCUACUUAUGAUAGUUUGGAAAUGUUUUACAAAAGUUAACAGAUCUCUAUACUAUGGCCUUCUGGUAGCUUCGUUAAUUAAUCUGUUCUUCGUUGGUAAAUCCAUCCGGUCUUAUUUCUCAGUAAAGUCGGCAGAAGCUUUGUUCCAGAACUAUGCUAAUGCUGAUCAAUCAGGGCUUCAAAUUAUGCAUCGAUCUUUGACGCUGCCUGAUUUGGACUUACUUACGAAGAAUAUGCUGGAUAAUGAUCAAGUUAAUCCAGUACUCAAAAGAUUCGACGGAGAAAAGAACGCUUACCAGUACAAGGAAACUAGGCAAGAAAUUGCAAUUAAACGAAACCAAGUACUAAUGGAACUAAAAAUCCUCCAAAAUACGGAGAACGAACUGGUGCAAGGAAGUUACAGGAAGUUUUUGAUAACAGAAAGAGACAAAUGUCUCACUACACAGAAUGAAAUAUCUGAUCUAUGGGUGAACGACACUAAAUUACAAGAUUAUUGCAUGGAGUGCUUUUCUGAGUACGACAGACUAUCUGCUAUUCCUAACUGA